AUGCCUCGUGUCGCAAAUAAAGUCCAUCGCCGCUCUGGCGGCGCCUCCACCCCUCACAAGAACUCUCCCAUCAAAAUUCCCCUCAACGAUGAUAUGGGAGAGAAAGCGGCCCGAAAGGAGGCCCGUCAAGCGCUCCAUGACCGCCAAAUGAACCAGAUCAAGGCUGCAGUGAAGACGCCCAUGCCCGCCCGUCGAUACCGCGAAGGGAGCGACAGUCCCUCCACACCCCGAGGAUCCAGCCAUCGUGGUCGCGAAAGUGAUGUUAGUGGCCGCGCAGUGACGCCGAUGAAGCGUGUGCCUAUUCUAGCCAACUUUGAGGAGUGGAUGAAGAUGGCUACUGAUAAUAAGAUCAAUGCCAAUAAUUCCUGGAACUUUGCGCUUAUCGACUACUUCCACGACAUGUCACUUUUGAAAGAGGGAGACGGAGUCAACUUCCAGAAGGCUAGUUGCACUCUUGAUGGGUGUGUGAAGAUCUACACGAGCCGUGUGGACAGUGUCGCGACCGAAACCGGUAAACUUCUGAGUGGGUUGGCUGAUAGCCGUGACAAGCGAGGUCGCGAAACCGAGGCGGACGGGGAGGAGGGUGAUGAGGAUGACGACGGGGAAGAGGGAGGUGCUCGGAAAUCGCGCAAGAAGACUCGUUCUCAUGAGGCGACCUUGGCCCCCUCUUUCAACACAUUACAACUGAAAAAGUUUGAGCUGGAGUUCGCUGUGGACCCGCUAUUCAAGAAGGCCUCCGCGGACUUUGAUGAGGGCGGUGCCAAGGGCUUGCUGCUGAAUCACCUUGCUAUCGAUGGCCACGGAAGAAUCGUCUUUGAUAGUAGCGAUGAUGCGGUCGAUGAUAGUUCCAAGACUGCCGAAGGCGAGGACGAAAGACAGGGGACUGUGGAUCCCGAAUCGCAGGGCGAUGACCAGUCAAAGCCCGCUCAAGUUCAGCCAAGUGAUACUUUCGAAGAAGAUCCAGACCUUGACCUUGCGACACUGGCAGCUCAGUUCUUCCCAGAUCUAGAUCGCCUCGGCGAGCAAGAUAUUUGCCCGUCUUUGAAAAACUUUGAUCUAGGUGACCCCAGCGGGAAUCUGGAUAUUCCUCUCCUGAAAGCCCCCGAGGAGUGGCGGCAUGAUAAGAUCAACGAAGGUGGAGAGGAGGAUCCGUCUGGUAUCAUGCUCGACGAUGACAAUGCAGUUGGAUUCGAUGACGACGAUGCCACUCUGGCUGGAUUUGACCUUAGUGGCGAUACCGGCUUCGGUGAUGGAGGAGAGGCUUGGGCGCGGGAGGCUGCCUUGGAGCCAAUGCUCAAAGUUCACCGGCUUAGCCAUGACGGGCAAGAUGCUGAUGGAGAUGAGGAAAUGGAUGAUGAAGAUGCGUAUGCCAUUUCCAUGUCGCAUCAGCCAAGCAAACAGGACCAUGAGAAUAUUUUGAGCUACUUCGAUAACGCGCUUCAGAAGAAUUGGGCAGGUCCAGAACACUGGAAGAUUCGGAGGAUUAAGGAUACCACCGCCAGCAAUACAAAUACCGCUCCCAAGCAACGCAAAGAAAAGGAGCCCUUCGAGAUCGAUUUCUCUGCUCCUCUUGACCCUGCUAUUGCCGAGUUGAUCUAUACACCUGCCAGCUCCAACUCUGCGAUAUCCAUCCCUAAGACCCAAUGGAAGACGAAGGGACGCAACCUUUUGCCCGAUGAUAAGCAUUUCAACUCGCGACAGCUACUCCGCUUAUUCUUGAAACCAAAGGCUCGCAUGGGCUCAAGAAAACUGCUGAGCCGACACACUGUUGCACGACCAGAACAGACGUCUGGACAUAUCGACAUGGACGAGGCCUUCUGGGCGAACCAUAAGACCGAAGAUACCUCCGCCGAGGACGGUGUUGGUGGUGCUUAUGAUGCUAACUUUUUCGCCGAUGAUGAUGGACUGGCCUUCCCGAACGGCAUGGAUCUUGAUGACGACGACGACAAUCUGCCAUUUGCUGAUGCGCGGGAGAUGUUGUCUCCACCAACGGACGGACGUCCUGUGACAUCGGCCGGCGAAGGAAACGCUACAGGCUUGACUGCCCUUUUGAACAUGGUUGGGGCCACACCGGGCCGGGGUGGUGCGGGUGGUUAUGGAUCACAAUUGGUGACCCAAGGUGGACGCCGGGCACGACCAGACUAUGUUAAUUACGCCCGUGUGGCCAAGAAGGUUGACGUGCGACGACUGAAGGUCGAGAUGUGGAAGGGCAUGGGUGAGCGCCUUAUCGCUGCCACUGACUUCGCGUCGGCAUCGCAGCCCGGAGCGGUGUCGAGUGAUGCUCCUGUUGAGCCCGAGACUGAGCCCGAGACACCUGUUCCGCCAACCCCACAGCAGAGCAGCCCAGAACUGCCCUCCGACUCCAAGCCAGAAGGCCGGUUGCGAUUCACACAGAUCAUGAACAACCUGAAGGCGGUCUACCCGGCCGAGACCCUGCGUGAUAUCAGUACCUCCUUCGGCUUCAUUUGCCUGCUCCACCUAGCCAACGAGCAAGGUCUUGUUCUCGAGAGCGAUGUGGCCAAGAUUGCAAGUGGCGCUAGCAGCUUGGAGGAGAUCUUUGUGAGCCGUGAUACCCACGCCAUCCUGGAGGAGGCG